GCCAUUAAUUAAGUUGCUAUUCUCUAUAUCUACUCUCUCAAAUAUCAUAGAACAUUUUCUGAAUAUGGGUAGAACUUUUGUAGCUGUACUAAUUUUAUUAGUGACACUUCAUGUCUUACAAUUUCCCAUUGCUUCUUCUGCUGCUACAAAAGGAAAGGUAGUAACAGUUUUAAGCAUAGAUGGAGGUGGCAUCAGAGGCCUUAUUCCUGGCACCCUUCUUGCUUUUCUAGAAUCCAAGCUCCAGGAACUUGAUGGACCAAAUGUAAGAAUUGCAGACUAUUUCGAUGUGGUAGCUGGAACAAGCACAGGUGGACUAAUAACCACCAUGCUCACAGCUCCAAACAAGGAUAAUCGCCCAUUAUAUGCAGCAAAAAAUAUUACCAAUUUCUACAUGGAUCAUGGCCCUAAAAUCUUUCCUGAGAGCAGCCGCAGCGGCUUUCUGAAGAGGAUCACAAAUUUAUUUGGGGGGCCAAAGUAUGACGGAAAAUAUUUGAGAACAUUGCUCAAGUCAAUAUUAGGCAAUCUUACUAUGAAGCAAACGUUGACUCAAACAGUCAUCCCAGCUUUUGAUAUCAAACGCCUUCAACCAAUCGUCUUCACAACUACUGAUGCCAAAACACAUGUCUCUAAGGAUGCUCUACUAUCGGACAUCGGCCUUAGUACCUCUGCAGCACCCACCUAUUUCCCUGUACAUUAUUUUGAAACCAAGGAUGCUCAAGGGAAAACACGUUCAUUUGAUCUUAUUGAUGGAGGUGUAGCUGCAAAUAAUCCAACUCUAAUGGCAAUUACUCAUAUUUCGAGAGACAUCAUGUUGGGAAAAUUGCAAUACGAGGGCGUGAAACCAAUGGAUUGCAAGAAAAUGUUGGUUCUGUCAUUGGGCACAGGUAUAGGAAAGGAGGAAAAAAAGUAUAGUGCUGCAGUGGCUUCAACAUGGGGUGUACUUGGUUGGUUGUACAACAAUGGUGCAAGUCCAUUGUUAGAUGUUUAUGGUGAUGCAAGUUCUGAUAUUGUGGAUGUACACCUUUCAAUUAUGUUCCAGUCCCUUCAAAGCGAACUGAACUAUCUUCGAAUUCAGGAUGAUAGUUUGGCCGGGGAGACUGCAUCUAUGGAUGUUGCAACCACAAAGAACAUGCAGGCACUUGUGCAAAUUGGUAAUGAUCUAUUGAAGAAGCCUGUCUCAAGGGUUAACUUAGACACUGGUCGCUAUGAAGAAGUUACUAGGGAAGGGACUAAUGAGGAAGCUCUUAUUCGCUUUGCUAAAUUGCUUUCAGACCAAAGAAAACUUCGACAACCAGUUGAGGAGUUUGCUUCCACUAGAAAAAUACUCCAAGAAUUUGUCAAUAAGAGAAAACUCUCUUACAAUUAGUAUUUCCUUUUAAUUUGAAUUUUAAUAGUUUGAAGAUGAUCUUUUAAAUGUAAAACCGGAACGAAUCUACAAAAAGAAAUACUACAAAAUUCUCCGAGUUGGGUAAAGCUAGACGUGGCAGCUUUCUUAUCAUGUAAACUGUAUUCCAAAAGGCAAAGACUGGUGAUAUAUGACAUCUUUGGCAAUUGGUAAUUGUUAUAUAUAUAAAAUGCUCAUUCCUUAA